AUAAAUAGAGCAAGAGAGGGGAACAAGAAAAAGGAAAGACAUGCCAAUGCUCAUACAGAUAUCGAAGAAACCCCGAGAGAGAGAGAGCCAUGGCGGUGGAUCAGUUUCGGCAGUUCUCCCUCGCGAGUUGGUGGCCGAAGAGUUGCUCACGAGGCUUCCGGCCAAUUCCCUGAUGCGAUUCAAGUGUGUUUCAAAGCUGUGGCGUUCAACCAUCACCGAUCCUUCCUUUUGCAAAGCCCACCGCGCUCGUUCCUGUUCCCGCCGUGGCUUAUUAAUGGUACGUCCGGACGUCAACCCCCCUGUCUCAGGAUUAGGCUUCUUCCUCUACGCAAAUUACGGAGCAUCUGUGUUAGAAUCGCUUCACCCUUUUACAGUAGGAGGAGGAGGAGGACUAGUUAAGAAGAAGAGGAAUAAGGUAGGUGUAUUAGAGUUGCUUCACCAGUUUAACGUACGAGGAGAUGGUGUUACGGAGGUGGUUAACGGCCUCUUUUGCAUGUACACGGAUUGUCGGGCGAGGAUUUGCAACGUCUCUACCGGUGAAAUUAUGGAGCUUCCUAGUCCUCCCCCGAAGAAACAUAAAUCUUUCAAACACUGCAAAAUGUGAGAUUCUUACUUUGGGCAAGGACGCGGCGUGGAGAAGCAUCCAAUUAGUUGAUCGGAGAAUGGAUACGCGGCGGCUCCAAAGCGUUUAUAUCCAUGCCCAUGGUGCUCUCUAUUGGUGGAAUGCUAUCGGACACGGUAUCAUUGCUUUCUCUUUUAAAGAUGAGAUUUUUCUACCGCUGGUUCCCCAACCACCAAUUCUGCGCUACACGGGUUCAUUACUUCAAUUUGGAGACUAUCUGGCCGUGGCAACUGGGUUAGUUGAUCGAAAACUACAGCUAUGGGUAUUAGAUAAACCCCUAACACUGUCAGUCUGUCCAUGGACUCUUCACCUCAUCCACAUUCCGUAUGAUUUCGCUGACCACGGAUGUUGCUUGCUUGGGAACCUCCCUACUGGUGAGAUGUUAAUGACUAGUACUGAAGAAGAAAGAGAGAUUAAUUCUCGUUCUUCAUCACCCAAUCACAUUUGUGUUUAUUCAUACAAUCAUACUCGACGGAAGUUUGAAAAGUUGGUUACGAGCAACAAGUUCCCAUCUUUCCUAGCUUCGGUCAGAAAGAAUGACAAGAAGUUCCGCAUCUACUAUCAUGAGGAAGACAUCACACUACUUGAUCAUUUGAUUAGAAACAAAUAAUUUAUUUCUCAGGAACCCCAAUGGGGGCUUCUAGUAGGAUGACUAUUCUAGGAUUAUGAUAAUUAUAUUUGGUUUAUUAGGUUGCCUCCUAUGAGGUAGACUAAAUUGAAUGUACAUUUCAAUAUGGUUUGCUUGCA